AUGUCUAGAAGGGUAUGCAAAUUUUAUUUGCAAGGAAAUUGUUAUUACGGCUCUUCUUGUCGGUUCUCACAUGAGGAACCACAUCGCUCAAACAACCAAUAUGACUAUGAAAAUCAAUCAAGGAGUAAUAGGAGUUCAAGCAAAAGUUAUGAUACUAAUAAUGGCAGAGAUCAUAAUGAUUAUUACGAGCACGGACAGAACUAUGAAUCUAGAAGUAGAAACACAAACUACAAUUAUAAAAAUGAUUAUAACAGUAGGAAUAAUUAUCAUAAUCAAAGAAAUGAUUACGAAGAAGAUCACAAUUCAAGUAAUCAAUAUGUAAAUCAAGCUCAAAGACAGCGCAGUGUAAAGAAUUAUUAUAAAGAGGACGACAACAGUCAGGGUAGAAAAUAUAAUUAUGAAUAUGUUUAUGAUACAAACAAAGUGGAAGCCAGUUCAUAUAGGUAUAAGAAUUCACAUGAUCAAAAACAAAUACAUGAGCCCCAUGUCCAUAAUGUUAAUGACAAAGUUGAUGUUAAAAGAAAUAUUUUGAAGCAUUAUGAAAAUGAAAUUAAAACUUACCAAAGGCAUGUACAACAACUAUCAACGACUAAUAUUUGGCCAUUCACAUGUUUCCACCCUAUUGGACAUCAAUUUGCUAUUCAACCAGUUGGUAGUUUAAACUUAAUUGAUAUAUCAUUUGAAGAAAUUAGAUGUGAUUAUUACAUAACUAAGAAUAUUAGUGCCAAUCCUGGUUUGAUUCAUAAACGGACAAUUGAUGACCUAUUGUUAAAAGCACAAAAGCAGAAAGAAGAUAUUUUAAGAUUUGAGAACCAUGUACAAGAUGAUAUGAUAUCAACAUUUGAAAAAUGUGAAAAAUCAAAAGUUCCUUUCCAGUUUGAAAACUCUAUACAGAUGGACCAUAACAGUUACUGGGAUAUGUCUAUCAGGUCUUUGAAAACACCCGAAAAUAAAAAAAGCGAAUUGGAGUCAUUUAGUUUUGUCUCCACAAAAAACAAUAAGAAUACUACGAACGAAUCACAAUUGAAGAUACUCAUGCAAACCGAAGUGUAUGGUAAAAUAGACAACGAAGCAUUUGCUCAAGAUCAUUUUACCGAUUUUAUACCUAUUAUGCCUCCACCCAGGAAGUACUGUGUAUAA